AUGGCCCAGAGUUCAGUUUCCAGGAUAGUGGAGGGGCCAACGAACUUGUUAAAGCCAAUCAGGAACCGACCUUCAUGGCAACGGAUGAGGCCUCCGAUAGUUCCCACAGAGGCGGUGCCAUUGAAAGCGUUACCAGUAUUGAGAGUUACCCAGCUAUCUUCAGCGGCUUUCCUUGGAGGUGAUCCAGGCGGGAGAGAGUGUGGUCACGAUCAUGCAACUGACUACUGCAUGUGGACAUCAAAGACUUGGACACAGUCCUCAAGUCUGUCCUCAAAAGGUAUCAGAGGCCCAAAGCCGAAUUGUUGUUUUAUUACGCUGUUUCUACAGUCGGCGUCAGCACAUUUCCUGGCAAAGAUUUGGAGUUUUGUUGCUUCACAUCGUUCACAUUCAUGGCUUCGUCGGCACCGCCAGGUUCACCUCCACCGUCCCAAAUGCAAGGAAACCGCUCGGUUUUUUCAAAAACGCCAUGAAACCAAACACAACUUCAUCCAGUUCUUCGCUAUGUCCGGGAUUUUGCUUUUGAGCGUCCGAUCUUUGGGCCAGAAGUACCGCAUCCACGACCCAGAGGAUACAGCUGCUCUCAAGCAAGAGCAACAAUCUCUCACCGAUCGAAUGAGUAACAUAAAGUGGCCUCCUCCACGAAGCUUCCCUCGAGCCCUUGGUCGCUUCGCAUCCCGCCUCCGCCUCCUCUUGGUGACGAUAGUA